AUGGAUGUGAUGCCUGGGGUUCGAGCACAGCGAAGAGAAGUGCUAAUGAAUGCAUUUAUCAAGGAUGGGUUUGUGAUUGGAGACGGAUUGAAGUAUGGAGUGGAUCUACUGCUGUAUACGGAUGAUCCCUCGAAGGUGCACUCUCGGUAUGGCGUGCUGAUUGACGAUGGAUACAGCAUGCAGGACAUUAUAGGCAUUCAAAGGACCUGUGCAUCAGCAAACAAGGAGAUGGUGCUGGUUUUCUUUGCGGAGGAUGGAUUUGAAAUGGUGCUUGUGGAGAGGAUGCAGCUAAAGAAUGUAGAAGAAAUAAAAUAA